CUUGAUUGUAAAUAAAAAAAAAAACAUUUCAGCAUGCCGUGGGUUGAAGAGAUUAUGAAAAUGUAUGAGUGUAACCUCUAUCCCUCCUUCUUAUAAUUCGGCAUUAGCAUGGAGUCUGAAAUGCCCGCAGAGGAUCUGCUUAUCAGAGUCCUGCAGGAGUCAGAAACCGCCUCUAUUCACACCUUUGAAUGCUCUUAUGAUGUACAAGUGAAACACCUUUUUUUGUCAGUUUACUGGACACAACAUCAAUAUUGAACAUUUAUUUGCACAUAAUUCUGCAUAAUGCUUUUGAUACCACAAUGCUUCUGAUACUGGUAACAGUGUGAUAGUUAUUUCCCCAUGUGUUUUUGAAAUUAACAGUUACAAAAACUGCAAAUGUUGAAAUUUAGGUAAAGAUUGGAAUGGAAAAGAACUGCCUGGAGGAUUUGGCUGGCGGUUAAGACAUGGUCAUGUGUUCAUGCAGCAGGCUGCAAAAUGUGUCUUAUGUGUUUGUGUACAGGCCUGCACUUCUCUGCAGUUUUCAGUCUAGAUACAGCGUUAACACCACAGCACAAUGAAUUAUUCAACAAGCUUUUGCAUUACACUUUCAACAAGUAGAACCAUAACAAAACUACAUAUACUAUUUGAGUAAGAGAUAACAAUGAGCAGGAACUCGAAAAGAGGAGAAAGUACACAGAACACAAGUUUAUGCAACCAUUAAUAAAGAGCAGAAUAAAUGUUCAGUUUACUUGAAUAUUUUGAAGGGAUGUUAUUUUUGUAUGUACAAUAACGUAAAACAAUGAACAAAAAAAUUAAUAAGGCAAAACAAUUACAGGUGAUAGAAUUUUAUUUUAUAAAUAAAAACUUCAACUGUAUUGUUUAUCUGACUAUUUCUUUGUUCAUAAUUACGUUAUACAGGACUGUGAGGAUUAUGGUGACUUUUAUUUUGAAAACAAAUGAUCUCUCUGCACUUCCGGAACUGCCACUGUGAGCUUGUUUGGAUUUUACGAUGCUGUCAUGCUGAUUACUUUGGAAUUGGAUAGAUAAAAAUAUUUUUUCUUGUGUUGUUUUUUGCACGUUGAAGCCAAAGAUGUAAGGACAUUUAUGCACAAAAGUGAUUUACUGAAGGAGCUUGGGUACUUAUUUCCUGCUGAACCGUCCGUUUACUCCAAGCUCAACAGUAUUUUUUAGAGCUUUUUGGUUUUUUUAUAUAUAAGAAGAAAGUAAGUAUGCUGAAGGCUGUCAUUCUUAUCGGAGGUCCUCAAAAAGGGACCCGAUUUCGCCCGCUGUCUUUUGAGGUGCCCAAACCUCUGUUUCCAGUGGCUGGAGUGCCAAUGCUGCAGCAUCACAUUGAGGCCUGUUCUAAGCUUCCAAAUAUGAAGGAGAUCUUAGUCGUUGGUUUUUAUCAGCCCAAUGAAGAACUUAACAGAUUUUUGUCAUGCGCCCAACAAGAUUUCAAAAUAUCAAUAAGAUACCUUCAGGAAUAUGCUGCUCUGGGCACUGGAGGAGGAAUCUACCAUUUCAGAGAUCAGAUCCUGUCUGGCGGUCCAGAGGCAUUUUUUGUCAUGAAUGCUGACGUGUGCUCAGAGUUUCCUCUGCCAGAGAUGCUUGACUUCCAGAAGGAGCAUGGAGAUGCUUACAGUUUUAUCAUCCUUGGCACCACUGCCAACAGAAAACAGUCCCUGAACUACGGCUGCAUUGUGGAGAAUGAACAAACUGAUGAGGUCUUGCAUUAUGUUGAGAAGCCCAGCACAUUUGUGAGUGACAUAAUCAACUGUGGAAUAUACCUGUUCACUCCGGAGAUAUUCCAGCACAUCGGAGAAGUUUUCCAGAAGAACCAACAGGACAUGCUGUUAUAUUCGUAUGAGGGAGAAGAGCAGUCCAAUGGUUGGCAUCGGGCCGAGGUGAUCCGCCUGGAGCAGGACAUCUUCACGGCUCUGGCAGGACAGGGCAAGCUAUAUGUGUACAAAACAGACCGCUUCUGGAGCCAGAUCAAAUCUGCAGGAUCUGCGAUCUAUGCAAGCCGCUUGUAUCUUAACCAGUAUCACAAGACACAUCCAGAGAGGUUAGCUACUAAUACAGAUGGAGGGCCGAAGACCAGAGGAAAUGUUUAUAUACAUCCAACUGCCAAUAUUGAUCCAACUGCUGUAUUAGGUCCAAAUGUGUCCAUAGGAACAGGAGUAACGAUUGGCGCAGGAGUUCGCGUGAGGGAGUCCAUCAUCCUCCAUGGUGCUACUUUACAGUAUAUAUACUGACUGUCUUCUGUAGGAUCACAGUUGCGUGUUGAACAGUAUUGUGGGCUGGGGCAGCACCAUUGGCAAAUGGGCCAGAGUAGAAGGGACCCCUAGUGACCCGAAUCCUAAUGACCCGUAUGCCAAAAUUGACAGCGAGACACUCUUCAGAGAUGGAAAACUAACACCCUCCAUUACAAUUCUAG